CGGCUCUGUCAUUCAUUCAUCCCCGGACCGGAGCAUCGAGCAGCGGCGCAGCUGGCACACCGACAGCCCUUCCACCGCCCCGGAUCACCGUCACCAGGCUCAGCGGACGCCCGGCCUCCCUCAGCGGUAAGAGCCGCACGGUGCCGGCCUGCAGAGCGUCUGCGGCGGCGUGCGGGAGACGGGCGAACCCCGCCGUUAGCAUCACCGUCCGGGUCUGCGGCUGCGCUCGGUAGGCCCUCAGCGCAUCGGAUGCGUCGAUUUGUUCCAUCGAAAUUUUCCACCCCGCAGUGGGCAUUCGCGCAGUUUUCUGUACCUCUGCGGGUAACCUUGCGGGAUUUCCUCCCCCAAACCUCCCCCUCCUCCUCCUCCACCGUGGGAACCAUUUGUAAAGAGGACACGCGGAGAAGCGGCUCGCGCGGAGAUCAAUCUACGAACACGACGCUAAAAUGAACGAGAAAAAAAAGGCUUCGUGACGUGGGAUCGAGGUCACCCUCAUUCAUCUGCUGCAGUCCUGCAACACUGAUGACAACGAGCCGACUCAAAUGCACCAAAACGGUAUCACACCCCCCUGCCUGACAGAAUCACCCCCCUCCCCCCUGCAGCCCGUGGCCGCACAUCUGGGGUCACGUGGGCCUCCUUUCCCGUCAUCAGGUCAGUCCUGGAUCUGGAUCUGCAAGGUCACAUUGGCCAGAACCAAAAGUUCUGUUCCAUUUUGAUGAGGCUCUAUUUAACUUCGGACACCAUGUUCCCAAUUGGUUCUAUUUCAUUUUACUAUGAAAUAGAACCACAAAUAGAACCAUAGAACGGUACAACGAUUUGACCCGUACAAUUAUGACCUGAUUUUUCUCCAGAUGAGUCAUUAAGUCAAUAUUUUUCUUUACCGAGGUCAGAAAUAAACCUUGGAUCACAGCAUGUGGGCUUUAAGCUCUGGCAGAAUAAAGAAGCGAAAGCCUGACCACUCUGUGGGGGUUUUUACUGCAACACAAUCAAUAAUUGCAAUUACCUCAAUUAAUGACACAACAUGUAAGUACAGAAGCCCAGAGAGGCCAUGCCUGAAGGAGACCAUCAUCCCAAGGUUAUUACUGGUUUAUUUUAUUAGACCAACCUUCCCGUCUACUGAAAUCUUAAAGUCGUUGAUCAUCUUUAUUGCCAAGUUUACCUGUGUGGCAGAACCAGAGUAAGUUGCAUUGAAAGACUGAGUUGUAAUAACGAAGGAUGCAACAGAGUUUCCUUAAAGCAGAUAAUAAAGGAAGCUUUUAAGCUGCUUAAGACGUAGAGAAUUCAACCAGCUCUUAUUAAUGCCACCGUUUACAAACCUCUGGUCAGACUGUAAAGAUUGGAGAAAAAUGUUUCAAACAUAUAAAAACUUCUUGUUCUAGCUAAUAAACUGACAAUAAAGUAAUUCAAGAGUUGUGGCAAUGAUUACAUAUCCAUAUAUCCAUGUGUGGUGUUUAGAGUGAAUCUCAAUUCUACCCCUUAGUUUGACCCCUUCAUUUCAAGUAUGGGGGUGGGGGAGUCUUUGUUCUCUUUGGAUGGGGAGGGGGGUGGGGGGUCCAGGAGGGAAGAGCUACACACAGCCCUUCAAAAGAAAGACCAUACGAAGGACAACACAAACAACCAAAGGGGUAAGAGAACUUUUCCAUCUCCUUUGUUCUGUCUAAUGUUGCAUCCAGUCUUCUACCAUGUCGGGAGGGGGGGUUCUUCUCCAGCUUCUACACCGGGGGAACACACCCCACCCAGGUAAUCAGGAGGGGCGAAGACGUCUGAGAAGCAACAAGGAUGCAAGUUGAGUAGGCCGUUUAGCACAGCAAAAGAAGACGUUCACACGAACGACCAUCGAGGGCUGUUUUGUCUUUUGUGACCAAGUUUUUUUAGUUUAUUGUCACAUUGUUCAACCAUCUUAGAGGUCAGGAAUCAACCAAGGACAAAAAGGGUCCUGGGGUAAAUAUAGCUCCAGAGCAGGGGUGUUCAACUCCAGACGUCCAGGGCCACUGCCUUACUUCCUGCUCAAUCACCCCAACCCUCACAGAUCGAGAUAAUCAAUGGUCUGAACGCAGGAACAGUGGACCUUAAGGACAAUAGUUGGACGCCCCUCUACUCAGACUGUGUCAGUACAGCCUGUAGAAUGGAGCUGCUUUUGGAGGAGCUCCCCCUUAGCCCUUUAUUUCAAGGGCUGAAGGGUAGGGGUAAGUGCAAGGGAAGGGCUGAGGGGUGGAACUGAGAUUCAACAUUUCUGUGAAAUGGACGUCAAACUGACCAGUGUUCUUAUGCUGGGAAAUUCACAAAAGCUUGUUUGGAACAUGACGUAAUCGAUAACAAUGGAUCUUUCUUUUCAACCUGAAAUAAAAACCUGUUUCAGGUAAGUCUAAACAUUGAGCUUAUUAUAUCCAGUUGAAUGAGAUCUGCAGGGUUAUUUAGGUCUACUUAUGUAGUUAAAACCAGGGAAAUUGUCGUGAGAGAAGACCGUAGAUCAGAAAACGAUGUAAGGAAUAUUUAGGUUCUUUCAACAGAAGCAAACCCCAAACAAAUAAAAGACACCAAGUGGUGAAUUCUACAUCCAUAUGUCCAUCUAUAUGGAGAUUUUAGAGGCAGAAUGUUCUUGAAAAUAUUUAUUGGGAAAUUAUUUACAUAAUCAGUUAUGAGACCUUUAACUUGGGCUGCGGGUAAAGAUGCAAGCAUCCCAGAGUAACCACAACAAGAAGUACAGAGUUUAACAUGGCUAGUAGAAAAAUCAUUUUUACAAUCAAUAGAAAGGGGUUUUUUGGUGGUAAAAUAAUCAAUCACACAGUUAUGCCUGGUUCACACUGGACGCGGAACAGACCAUUCGUCACCCUUGUUAGCCUAUGGUGUGGUUCACACCAGGCGCGGAGCUCCGCGGUCCUCCGUGGAAGGUUUGCGCCGUGCAGCGGAUCGUUUUGAAGUCUGGUCUAUUUUGUGCGCAAGCGAUCUUUGUCAAUUCUGGCUGGAAGUUACAGCAAGAUACAUGAGAAAAUGCAGUUUAUUUUCAAAUUAUAACCAAUUAUUCACAAUAAAUGAAUAAACGAUUUACAAAUGCGACCAUAUUUUCGUAUCUAAACAGACGAAAACAAAUAUGUCAACACACACUUUUUUCUGUGUGUCUCUACAACAGAUACAUUAAAGAAGUGUAGGCCUAGGAAGUACUUGCUGCUUCUUCACAGAAACGUUGUGUAACAUUUUUUAGGUUAUUUACUUACUUAUGAUGGCAAAAAAAUGCACGUCUGCUGUUAAUUGCAGGAGAGUGCAGAUGCCGCACCCUCUCUGUGCUGCUUUGGGACGCUUUCACGUCCAGUGUGAACAUAGUGUUAGGCAAUCACAACAUUUCCUUCCAUGUUAUUAUGGAAACUAAAAGUUAUUUUGGUAUCAAAAGAGGAUUUCUCGGUAAAUUGUUCCAGUUCCCCAUGAAGGUAACUGAACAUUUUGAGGCUUUCUUUUCAACUUCUCAUAUUAGAUCAUUGCUAUAAAAAUCUACGGAUUAGUGUAUUGGUUUAAUCCAGAGUAUUCACUGAUGCUUUGAUUGAGCUUCUGUUCUGCCAAGACAGGCUCCCAAAGCUAGAUCCAGCCUUUUAAAUGUCUCUUUCAUCCAUUCAUCCUCUAGUCCAGUCCAACGCCCGCAUCCCUGCCUGUGUUUCCAUCUCGGCUAAAAUAGCAGCUCAGGUCCCAACGUGCCCUCCUAGCACAAAACAGGGUCAACAACACAGGAGGAGAAAAAUCCAUCAUUCAGAGAAGACCAUCCAUUACAAAAAUGGAUUUUACUUUCAAUCGAUUGGCGCCAGAGAGCGAUGACAGAUGGAUGAUAAAAUUAAAUGAGUUCCCUUUUUCUCGUAAGAAGAUUGUAUUCAUAGAAAAGAAUCAAUCAACUACAUCGGACGCAAAAUGACUGAAAGAUCUUUAGAAUAUUGAGUUUCAGAAGAAUUGCCUUCCCUUUUCAAAAAUACCCCCUUAGCUUCAUUUUUUGCCCAUAUGUGCACAUGCUUUAGACAUUCAAAUAUGGACUCCGGCCUCUGUUAUGUAAUAUAUUUAACUUCCAGAGCUUUAUUCAGAAAAAUUCCUGGCACUCACUGAGUCCAGGAGGCAACUGCUAUCUUCUGAGCAGUGAAAAGAAAACGGCAGGUGCUCAGGGUUUCGGGUGAUGGAUGGCUCUCAUGUUUCUUACUCUCACUGUACGGUGCAGAGGGGUGAGCUAUAGACACCGGCACAAGUUUAGAGUUUCCUGUUUCCACAAGCAUGCAGCCUGCACCAGCAUGACGCAAGCUGCAGUCAGGUCCGAUGCGUCCAUCAACUUUUAUUCAUUUAAACAUUGCGUUUCUUUGAAGAAGUUGAUGGAAGCGGAGAAACUAUCUUUUGGCGGUUAAGAUGUGUAACUGAAACUGUAUGUUUAAACAGGUGGAAGUGGGUUAUAGGUACUUUAUGAACCCUAUAAACUCUGUUAGUUUAAACAAAAUGUUGCCAUGACCCUCACCGACCACCCCAACCUUAUUUGUAACAGCAUACUGUUUGUCAUGCUGACACCAACACAUUUGUUUAGAGGGGCUAAUUUCGCUUGAUGUACAGAAAUCACCUCCAAAAACUUAUCAUAUAGAAAUCCCCUUGAUUAAAGCUUAGAAAAAUCUUAAAAUAAAUUAUAGAAAUUGUUUUUGCUAUCUUUUGACAGUGUUCACUGAGCACUGUCAUAGGAGGUGAAAACAUCCAGACCUCAAUUUCACCCAUUUGCCAGCAAAUUCAAGACCACAUUUUUCUAAAAAAUAUUCAAAAAUAUUUAGAACCCGUUAUUAUUUUAGUCUCAGUAAGUCAGAGAGUGUGUCAAACUUUAUGGGCUGGUGGUGGCUUUUCAGGCUGGAGACAAGACACUAACUGGCCCAGGAGUGACAAAAAUUGAAUGAACAAUUCCUGUUCUCGUUAUAACUGUGAGCACAUUUUCCUCCAGAUUUUGGUAGGAGUUUGUGCGAAAUGCAUUGACGAUUUACAGAACGCAUAUAAAGGAUAGGCUGCCAUAAAAAAUUAUUUUAAUAGUCGACUAAUUGCUGAUUAUUUUUUUCCGAUUAGUGGACUUUGACACAUCUUAACUAUCAUUAGCUUUAAAUGAAAUAAAGGUAAAGACAGUUAAGAUGAUAAUUUAUUAAACUUAAUGAAUCAUGCAGCCUCUGUCCUUCAUUAGUUUCGGGUAUUACACUAAGAUUAAAUUAAAUGAGUUUGGCAUCCGAAAAAAUGAACUAUUUUUCACAAAAUAUAAAGUUCUAGUCUCACAAACUCAAAUAAAAAAGGGAAAUUUAUGGGGCUGAAUGCUCACAACUUUCUUCAACUUUACUUCACUCUGACUCCAUAUAAUAUAAAGUAACGCCUAAUCGACUAUUUAAAUAGUCGAUUAGUCAUCGAUUAGUCAACUAAUUCUGGCAGCCCUAAUGAAAGAACAACUUUUUUUGUAAAUCUAAAAGAAAUUGGUCUACCACGACCUAGAUACAACUAAUUGUUGACACUUCUUUGCAAGAAAAAUCUUGCAUAUAGAAUUUUUUUUCAGCAAUUUCCUACUGAGAUCUUCCUUGGUACUGUGGAGAUACUAUCAAUCCUCCACCAUGCUUAGGAAUUACACAAGAUACAGAUAAAAUAUAUUCUAUUUUCUAGAUUUAUAAAGAAAAAAUGGAAAAUUUUGUCUCAUUAAAUUCUUUGACUUUCCGCCUUAGACUAUUCCAACUUUUUAAAGUCAAAGAAAAGCAGUAUUAAAAAAAAAACAACACACAUUUACUGAAAGAGAUUUGGUCCCGUAAGUCUCAAAUUUGAUCAGGGAUUCCUGUUAAUCUGGUUUUGCCAGCAGCCGGCAUUGCCCUGCUGCAUCGUACCUUCAUUAGCCCUAUUUAGGGCUCCUCCAUUCUGUGUGUGAGCUCCUAGAGCUGAUGGGAAACAAGAGAGGAGAAGAGAAAGAAGAGGAAGAGGGGAGGAUGAAUGUGAUCUGAUAUCCUUUGACAGGUGGUAUUUGGAACUGAAGGACUGCAGGCUUUAUUGCAUUCAUCGUGGAUUGAGAGGAAUAUAGGGAAGCCCUGUUUGCUUCAUGUUCAUCACACGUUAACUUCAGUCAUCCAGUCUCUGUUAAUAAGAGAGGAUUUGUUUUUGACAGACUCGUCUUCUAAACAAUUGUAUACCGUAAAAAUGCUACAACAAUCUUAACAAUCAGUCAAUUUUAGUCCCAUCUGAAAGAGAAGCUUGCAAUAAGACAAUUUGAAUUUAAUGUAGUGAUGAGGUUGUAUCUCAGUGGAUUUGUCUCUAGUUUAGCUGAAAGUUGCAGUUUAUGGUUUUUUUUUAAGAUGUAUCCAUUUAGUGUUCAUGAAGUGUUAUAAAUGGAAGAUGAUUUUGGAAUAUGUUAAUGGUCCAAAAAAGUAAUUUGUGAGAGUAAAAUGAGAAUUUGACCUUAUAUGUGAAUGUAUGUGAAGCCCGACUUUGAGCAAAAAUGUCCCUAAUUUGUCUAUUUGUGUGCUUUGUUUCGUUUCCAGCCAGUUGCUAGUGGUCAAGCCCAUUGAGAUACAAUCCUAAGCUACUAUGAGAAGCAGAAUGAGUGCAAUCGGAGCCCUUGCUCAAUAGAGUAAUAGAGUAUGUUUGUAGAGUACCAUGAGGAUAGGCGUCAUUCCCCACUGAGCCCGAACAGGAUGGAGGCAAAGUAGAAAUAGAUGCUAAUGCAUGGGUGUUUUACGAAAGCAGUGAUGUUGAUUUAACUGUUGGCCACACGUCGGAUUUCUGCUGAUCAGUUUGAGAGUCACUCUUUGUCUCUCACGUUAGCAACACAUCUGCGAUUUACCUGGAAACGGCCCUCUUUUCACCUGGAUCCACAUACCGGGAGGAUGUUCCAAACAAGGCAGUUUAUGGAGCUUAAAAAAUAAACAUCGUCUCCGGAGACGCACCUCAUCACAUGGAAUACUCCCUUGACAAGAUUGGACCCUUUACUGUGUAAAGAAUCUUUGAGUCUUUUCCCUUCUCCAAUGCUGAGGCGAGACAUGAAACACCGACUUGCUGAUAUUCAAGCCGUGUCCUAAGCAUGGGCGCUUCAGGUCAGCGUUUAAUCUGUCUGUGAUCUCCUAUUCUUUAUAGGGAAAGGGAUUUUGUUUCUGUCUGUCAUCUGCCACAUCUGCUCCUAAACCCAUUGGAUUUACGGUCCCAUAUGCUCACAUUUGUGCCACUGUGCUUUACAUUGCGCUCAAUAUGAGCACAUUGACACGUCAGUGGAUGUAAAUAAUAAAUGAAGACACUGUCCCACAUGGCCAGGAGGCAACUAGAGCUCUAUCAAUGAGGCCAAAGACGGAAAGUGGAUAUUUAUAAAUUAAGUGUCAUUUCUUUGGCAAAUGAUAAAGUUUAAUUAAUAAGAAGGGUGUGGGAUCAAACAGGGUAGGAUUUGGAUCCGAGAAAGUUUAGCUCUCACUGGAGUGCGUCCAUCGGUAACCCCUGAACUGAAUAAAUUCCAGAUGGAUCUUCAAAUAAAAGAAUGCUAGCUUAAAAUUAACAUCUCGCUGUUGAACAACUCAUAUAGUUGGGACCACCCUCGUGAAUAUCCUCAGUUGGAUCUAACCUGAACUAUCCACGGAUUCCUACUAGGCUUUGAUCAAGAAAUUCUAGAAGACACCAACAGAGAAUAACAAGAAGGAGUAUCCAGUUUGUUUCUGGGAAGAUGGAUCUGAUGUGUGACUUUAGGAAUCAGCUUGGAAAAUCCCAAUUCAAACAACCUAAAAGGAAGUUUGCCUGCUAUAAAAAAGUGGGACCCACUUCAAUCAGGACAAGGAUAAGAGUCCAUUAAACAUUGUGGUCCAACUGGAACUGGAGCUUCGCUGAGGUGUGACAGGAAAUACACUGAGUGAGGUUUGUUUUUAUGUACGAUUUACUGAGUUAUGACACUCAAUAAAGUGAUGAUCUGGAUUUUAAGUUUGUUUUUCAAUUUCAAUAAAUAUGUCAUCAAACUUAACCCACAGCCAAACACUUUUUUUGUUGUUAAAAAUAUAACAAACUAACACAAGAAAAUAAAUCCUCAAAGGAUGUUGAACAAUUAGGGCUUUAUUAUUGAUGGUCAGCUCAUAAAGUUGUCUUUCCACCAGUAUUUUGUAUAAAACCUUUUAACAUGAAAAUGUUUAAAGUUGGGUAAGUCAUGUAUUAUUUUGCUUACCUCAACUAAAGAUUCAAGCAAAGAGCUUCAUAGAUGUUUUCCUAUUUGCUUAGUUUUCACAGUGGUUUCUUGCUGUUGAAAUAAAAUGACAUGCAGAAACUCACAGACAUCACAAACUAUCAAUACAAUUUUGAACGGUGACAUUGGGCAGAUUUACCAACUAAUGAAUUUCUGGUGCUUCUCUGUCAAUGGUUUCUUUUAUGUACAGGCGGGGCUGCGUGGGAAAAUGGAGCUAGCUAUCGUUCAACACAAUGAUAUGCUAGUGUGUUUGCACCAACAUGGAGCCUUCUGACAGGAAGCAGUGGAGCCAAGGAUCUGCCUGGGAGACAUGAAUGAUUUUGUGCUCAUCACUUGAUCAACAGGAUAAUCUGCUGAAGACAUGAAAUUUCGAGAGCUUAACACAUAAAACCACAGUGUCCUGCUUCAUGCCUUCAGGCUUUAUGUCCAGAUGUCAAGGUCAACGGUCUGUUGAUUCUUUGAUAGGUAAGAAUCUUCUGAGAACAGCCUUGAUUUUAACACGAUGAUUUCUUCUUACACCCCCAUUCCAAUGUCUGGCAUUAGCAGCCAUGCUAAAUGUUCUGCCAAUUGGAGGGUGUGAGGCUCAUUGAGCCAAAGAUGCAACACUUCUUGAAAUGCAGACAUUCUUGUGGGUAGUAAGGUCUCAAAUGAAAUCCAAUGAACUGCUGUGGCAGAUGGGUUGUUAGGUGAACAUCCAGAGGCUUAGGAACAUCUCUGGAGACAAAAUGUGUUAACCUUCCUAAAAACCUGAAUUCUAAACAUUUGACAGUAUCGCCUGUCCUCUUGGUAAGAAAGAAAGGUUCAACUCAAAGAUGCCUCUCAUCUGUAGCUUUCGGCUCAUCUUUGAUUGAUGGCGUUGGUGUUAAGGGGGGGUUGUUAUCUUUUAAAUACACAGGAAUUCACACAUCCACCAGACGUGGAUUAGAGUUGUGUAUUGCUUGGGCCACAUUAAAGCCAGUCUAGACAUUUGGCCCAUGCAACACAUCCCAAAAACCAAAUUAGAACCAUGUCUUAGAACCAGGCUAAGUCUUAACUCUUGGAAAUGGCUUUUAGCCUAGGAGGUGGGGCUGUUGUAGAGCCAAAAAGAUGGAGUUUCAACACUUUAUUUGAAGACAUUGAACGAAACACCAUGUCCUCAUGUGACUUACAGUGUUCGUGUUAAAAAUAGACCUUUGUUGACCAAAUAAAAAAGUAAUAUAGCUGCAUUUGGCUGUGGUUUGUAGGACUUCUCGAGAUUUGAUUGGUUAAACAGAUGGUUUGAAAAGUACAAACAGCCCCACCCCAAAUUUCCAGCUUAUGCCAAAACAGGAAAGUAACUAUGCCAUAUUUAGACCCAACUGUGCAAUCUGCAGUUUCUUGGUCUUUGUAUGGACCUUUCUGUAAUAUCUCACAAUGCUCGAGCAAGGCAACUUGAACACAUUUUAAGAUCAACAGUUCUAUUUGGAAAACUGUUUUCUGCAAAAUUUCAAAAAUUGUAAGAUCUUCUAUGGAGCCUAAUCAAUGUAUUGUUGUAUAUUAUGUCUAUGGAAUUAUGUCAAAUCUUAUAAUUUUCUUUCACUUUCCUUUUGUUGGUCUUCUGCUUUGUAGUACAUCAUGUGGAUUGUGUCCUGUCAUGAUUAAAUGAAAGAAAUCCUCUCAUGAACCAGUACCUCGUUUCUGUUUUCUUCAGAGAAGAGUCCUAACACCUGGCGGCUGUGUACAAGGGUUGAUGCAGGGCAGUUCUUGUGCUCUACUGAAUCCUGGGACCAGUUGGGUGCCAUUUGUGAUUGGUCAUUCUUGUUGCUUCAAGAUGAAGAUCGAUACCAGUUUGACUAUGCCCCUGCUCCCAGAGGCUCUGUCCCAAGCCGGCCUCGAGUUUUCUGUAGCCACUGAAGAAGACUUUGAUGAAAUCAUGGCAAUGAGCAAAGAUAUCUAUGGUGGCCUCGACUACCUUCCCACUAGAUACACCAACUGGAUGCAGGAUGCUAAUCGAACAGUUAUCCUGGCCCGCAAAGAAGGGAAAGUGAUCGCUCUUGAGUCUGUGGUCGUGAUCGAUGAUGGCGAGACCAUGCUGGUGGAAGGUCUGCGUGUUGCUCCUCAGGAAAGAGGGAAGGGGGUGGCGGGAGUCCUGCUGCGCUUUUGCUCCGAGAUGAUCAAAGCCAAAUACCCAGAUGUCAAAGUGUGCCGCCUGACCCGCGAUGACAAGCUCAGGCCCAAAGACUUUGAGAAGUACCGCAUCAUAACCAAGCAGGGUAUUCUGCUGGUGCGCUUCCGAGCUGAAGAUCUCAAACUGCGUCUGUCUGAGCUCGGUCUGAGUGGAGAUAUCCAUUCCUCCGUUUGGCCCACCCCCUCCAACGCUGGCCCUGUGCAUCUUAACCACACCGCCAUCAACCAGCUGUUCUUAACCACCGAUCUGAUGAAGGGGGUCAUUCCCAACGGCACCAUCAUCCAAGACUGGCAGCCUUUCAAGAUUCUGCGCAGCAACCUGGACAUCCUGUUUAAGAAAGACAUCGACUGGUUGGUUGAUGAUGUGUCCAAUCCUACAGUGGCCAGUCUCUGUACCUUCCCUUUCCGGGUGCCGAUUGGAGAAGACUGGUACUACCUGAACAUCGACAUGUUUGGAAAAGACCUGAACUUGGCCCGGCAGCAGUUCCUCUACCACCUGCAGCGCCACACCAGCACCUUGAAGGGCUAUGUGAUGUGCCAAAUGUUCCUGGACCCGCCCCUCUGGAAGCCCAUGGCCGACUUCUGCCGCAAUGCCCUGAAAGUUGAGCGGGUGAAGGAGUACACCGAGCAGUGCGUGGUGGAGGCAGAUGUCAUCUAGUGGAAGACGGGGAAGGGUAAAAGGCCGCAAGGAAAUAAGAAGAAAAACGCAACCCUCUGAAUUGAGGAGAUAGAAACUAAGCAAAGUCAAUAUUUUUACAAAGCAAAACUAGUACGAAUGCAGUAGUUUUUUAAAAAAGUUCAAACAUGCAUAAUUAGAAUAUAAAAUCAUUAAUUUCAUCUACUUCAUUAGAUUUGGGGUUUUCCGAAACCAAACUUUGCAUGAAAUUCCCUGCAUGAGAAUUUAGCUUUAAUACGACAAAAUUCCGUCAAAACGACAUCGAUGUUAACAAGAAAGCCAAUAGUUUAACAACAAAAAGGCUCCAAAUGACCUUAAAACGGUAGAAUUUUAUUUGAGUUACGCAUCAUUUGAACACAAUUGAGGGUUUUUGUUGCAUUUUAGCUUGAAAGCAUUGCUCAACGCCUAGCUCAGAAAAGCCACUAAAACAGCUGUGAAUCUAACCUAAAAACAGUUCAAACCUACAAAUGCUCUUCCUAUUAAAAAAAACAAAAAGAAGAAGAAAAACAAACAAAAAGAAGAGAACACAAAUGCGUUCCUUUGCAGUGUUUCAAACCUCACCGUUCUGUUCUUUCUGUAAAUACUGAAACAUGUACAGAAGCUGAGUUGGACAACAUAAUCUGCACAGCUCUAAAGGCACUUUAUUAAAACGACAGAUAGGUUGCGUCUAUUUUAGCAAGUAAAUCGCUUCAUUUUAGUCAUCUUUUUAGUAAUAUUAACAAGUGUGCAGAAAAAAUGACAUAUUUGAGGAUUUCUUGUCUGUUUAAACCACACCCAUGUGUUUUUUUUAGUUUUAAAGUGUUGUAAAAUAAGCUGUAUAUAUGUUACUAAUUUAAUAUUUUCUCUUAAACGCUGCAAUAAAAUACUUCUUGUGCUGCAGGUAAGAUCUAGGCUUACAUCUGUAGAUCCUACAUCAUGGGAAAAGCAAAGUCAAAAUGUUUAACAUAUGCUAAUUUCAGUUCUGUUUCAUGUGAAACAUAAACAACUAGAACACUAUAUGCAGUAGGCGUCCUCAGGGCACUUCAUUACAACCACACAAAGCUAGGCGUAGGCACUGAUGCAGUUUUAAUUUCAUGCAUUUUAGCCACUUCUUAGAAGAUCUAAAAUCGUUUCCCCGUCUUGGAUGCCUUUUGAUGAGGUGUAAAAUAUGAAUUUUUAAAUAGCGUGUAAACCAAAACCCAAGAGGCCAUGCUGGCUCGGUAUCCCCUCUGCAUCCUUUGAGUAUUAUUGGAUGGAUAAACAAUGUGCUCCUUCGAAAGAUCUUAUUUGGAAUCGUCUGCAUUUUUUGCUGUUAAUCAGAGCAAUAGGGAACUAUCCCUCUACUCAUAUUGUUACCUGAUGACGGGUGGAAAAGUUCUAUUCCUACAUGACUCUAAAAAUGACCAAACAUUCAAUACAUUUGGUCUCCUUCAACCCUUGUGCUAUCGUAUGGGGUGACUCCACCCUUACAUUGGUGUGUUAUUCUUACCAUUACAGAUGUUGGUGGAGGUGGACAUGAUUUCAUUUCUGCCACAGACACCAGUAAAGAUAAAAAUAAAUCAUUGGAAAAAAAGUACAGCACUCAAUCUUGUGGGGUCCAAAUGACCCCACUCCCAACGUCAAAAUACCUAGGAUAGCACAAGGUUUAAACGUUAGUUAAAAAGUUUAACUUUGUAAAGAACUAACACCUAGAAUCCCACCUUGGUACCUUUCUGAGAUGCUAAGUCCAUCCUGGAGAGAUUAUAACUUUCAGCUUUCCCGGGAAUGUCUUGGGAUCUUCUUUAAGAAGAUGGAAAAGGUAGUCAGGAAGAUCUUGGUACUUUUGCUAAGACAGUUGGCACUGACCUGAACUACCAUUGAUAAACAGAAGAUAACUGACGGUCAGACCUCUUUUAAUACAUGGGCCAAAAAUAGACAUGGACCAGGACAGUGAACGAGAACUGGUAGAUCCAAACCAGACCUUACUGUUCGAGAUACUUCUGCAUGUCUUGCCAUGGAAGACUUUUAAAUUGAAGAAUAACACACCAAAUUAAAAAAUUAUUCUUAAAUUAGGCAGUCAAUUUGUAACAACAAGGGUCCCCAAACUGCAACCGGAUUCGGCCCAGUCCUCUGAACACUAUCAGUCAAUUUUUUUUCCUAGUCUGGCCACACGAUCAUUCAACAGAGUAGUAGGGCCACCAAAAAAAAAAAGUAAAAUUCAGAGAUUUCAAGUCAUAUAUUUAUUCAAAAAGAUAUAAAGGGCACUGAGGCUUUUCCAUUUUUAUUAUUUGAAGAUCACAGAUAGUCAUUUAGUUAUUUUCUAUUUCAUAAAUGUUGAUUUUCUGACAUGUACAUACCGAGAGCCAAGUGUGUUGUAGAACCCAGAAAGUCGAAGCUUGCUGAUGACACACUGAACUUCAAACGGUUUGUCAUUUGAGCAAAUGUUGUUUUUCUGGGUGAACAAAUCUUUAUUUACUAUUGAAGUUGAAUCCAGUUUUUACCUUACAUAAAAAAGAAGACAAAUUGAAUGAGUCACCUGUUUGGUUACAUUUAAACCCCUAAGACAUUGUAUUUCAAAAACCAUCCUCCAGUUCUGUCUUCUUUAAGCCCCCACCUUCCACGGCCAUUCAAAAAGUUUGGCAUCUCCUUCAAAAGUCGUCCAUCUUAAGCAUCAUUAAAACUGCAUCAGUGCUCCAACUGUCUACGGUAGAGGUCAAAAAUCAUUGCAACUGUUAGAAAUGAUUGUUAAAAAGAGUUUCAGUCCAAAACCUCGUCGUCGUCAACCCGUUUUCUGGCUGGUCCGGUCAAACUAGGAUCGUACAGUGCCUUGUGACCGUAUCCUCUCCCAGCAGCCUUUUAUUCUUUCUUUUUUUGACGGUUUCACAGCUCUUUACAUUUCCUACGUGCCGAACACUUUACGUUGUACAGAUGAGAUGCAGCUAUUCCUCAUGGUUAUUCUCAGCUGGUACAAGUUUCUCCUAUUUAUUCCAGAUCUGCGUUCAGAGGAGAAACUACAGAGCUUGUUCAGACCAUCUAGGCUAAUUUGGAUCAAAUUUAGCACACGCAUAAUAUAUUUAAAACAUCCAACUAUGAGAAACAUGGUUUAUUUCUAGUGAGGUGAACACAAAAAAUGGAUUUGAAAAAUCCAGUUUUAGUCGGACCACUAAUACAAGGUGCUGUAGAGCUUCUUGAAUAACUUUGCGUUCUAAUUAGCAAAUCCAAGUGGGUUACGCAAAUGCCAAGACGUUAGUCUUCACAAAGAACAUGUCGGCAUGGUGACAGUACAUCGCUUAAAACUCAAUAACGAUGUCAGAUCCUGCUAGUGUCGUUUCAGAUUUGAUGCUUUUAAAGGCCGCCAUGUUUUCAGCUUCGUAGCCAUCUUAGCAUGUUAGCAGGCUUUUGUUAGCAUGUAGCAAAUACCGCAACACUUUACAUUCUUGAAUCUGUAGUGAUGAUUUGCCAUGUAAAUGAUCAUACAGGGGUAGUCUGAGCCACACAGGAAUAUGUUUUGGACAUAUGACUCAGUUGGUGUAGAGGUAUUUUAGCUCCUUUUUUUUCGUGGUAUGCUAAUCGCAAAAGUCAAAACUCUUAGAUGAAGGAAUUAGGAUUAACUGCACAUUCAUUUUUAGCUUAGUUUAGUUUGUUGGUAGUGUAAGAUGGUAGGUAACACUUUUAUUUAAAUUAGAAAUUGCUGUUGAUUUUUUUUUUUGUAGCUAACAUGACCUUCUGAUUUAAGCUGGAUUGCAUAUAAAUGUCAGUUUUUACCAGAAGCUGAAGCUGUAUCAGUUUGAGAAGAUUGUUGUGUAAAAAAAAAAAAAAACUACAAGAGGAACAAUGUACUUUUAGUCAUUUUUGGUAUAUAUUUUAACUAACAGAUGUCACCAUGAAAUUUACACAGGACAUUAACCUUUUGUAUUAAAAGUGGUGUGAAAAGUUUAUGUGUAAAAACCUAAAUAUAAGAGAAAUACAAUGUUUUGUGAUCCUA